AUGCAUGUCGAGCUUGUGAAAAUGGCUUUAGAGGAAACUGAUUCAUGGAGUUUAGGAGGAAUAAUUGGAUCCUUUAUUGACCUUUUUGUAGCUUAUGUGUUACUAUGUGGAUCCACUUUUGCUUUCUUUCUUUCCAACUUUCUUAGGGUUUUUGGAUUUUAUCUUCCUUGUCCUUGCAAAGGGAUUUUAGGUUAUAGGAAUAGCUAUCUUUGUUUUCAUAUGUUAUUGUUUGAAUGGCCUUUAAGGAAGAUAUGCUCCAUUCAAGUAAUGGCGUUGAAGAGGUUUCCAUUUGAUUUGGUUUGGGUGAAGAAAGAUCAUUCUUUGAACAAUAUCAAUGAGAACAAAAUGGUUGUUAAUGUUGAUGAGAAAACAUGUGGUAAUAAUGAUAAUAGGAUUGUUGAAUUGGAAGAUGAGAGUUUGAGUUCGAGUCCGCGUUUGCGGGAAAUUGGGUAUGAUGUUAAAGGAAAGGGGGUUUUGAGUUUGAAACGUAGGUCAGGGUUUCGGCGUAGGAAGAGGAGUGGUUAUGAUUGUGGAAAAAUCGAUUCGGUUAUUCGUCGUCAUAGCUUCCAGUCUGAUGUUACAUUCACUUCCGCGACUUAUGAUGGAAGCAGCUGUAUGGUUAAAGAUAAAUCCAGUCAGAGCUCGAAUUCUGCGUCAGGGAAAGAAGGUAGUUUGCAAUACAAUCACGAUGACCGGUCGAGCCAUGAAUUGGAUGAAAAAACAUGUCACAGUUAUGAAUUCAAUGCAUCAAUAAUUGAAAGUCCUACUGCACGAGCUAAUGUUCAUAUUGUUGGAAAUGAAGACAGCCGAAUCAAGAUGUAUGAAAACGCGAUUGAAGAAGAGAAAGGGGCUUACGCGGCUCUUUAUCUAGAGCUAGAGAAGGAGAGAGCUGCGGCUGCUACUGCUGCUGAUGAAGCCAUGGCUAUGAUAUUGCGUCUGCAAGAGGAGAAAGCUUUGAUGGAAAUGGAAAUGAGACAAUACGAUAGGUUGAUUGAAGAAAGAGUUGCUUAUGAUGAAGAAGAGAUGAGUAUUAUGCAAGAGAUUCUUAUAAGAAGGGAAAAGGAGAAUCUCUUUCUGGAAAAGGAACUCGAAAGUUAUAGGCAAAUGUGUUUGACAGGAAAUUGUGAGUCGAAGUCUAAGUCGGCGGAUGUACGGCUUAAUGAAUGGAAACAACGGUCACCACUUUCGUUUGAAAUAUAUGAUGAUCCACCGCAGAAAGAAAGCAUCGUGUCAAAUGUUAAGAAAGAUUUUACGAAUACAGAACAUGGAGAAGAGCUUGAGAAAAACACUAGACACAAGAAUCAAGCGUGUGAUGAUCUGAAUAGCUCUUUCGAUGAUACCGAGUCUGAUGUUCUUGAUGUCCAUGUUAUUGAUGACAACAUUGAACAUAAGGAAAAGAAAACUGAAAAUUUAAGCAGCUCUUCAUGUAGUACUACUCUCUCAGACAAACCGAUGAAUACACGUCUUGAAUGCGCAAGUUGUUCAGAUGCUGACUCAAAAUACAAAUCUAUGUCUUUCGACACUGAAAGUGAUUCUCCGUAUUUGGUUCAUAAUGAAAAGUUGAGGAUUGACAAUGAGAUUGAAGUUCUUGGAGAAAGGUUGAGGACAGUGAAGCAUGAAAAAGAGAAAUUGACUUUGUUUGCAGACAAAGGCGAAAACGAAAAAGGUCAGUUGAAGCUUUUGGAUGAGAUAGCAGCCCGUCUUCAACAGAUUAAACAAUUAAGGAAGCCUGCACGUGACGCAUCCUUGCCCCCUAAGCCUGCGCGCGGCGCAUCCUUACCACCUUCAUGGACUCAGGUGAGCGAGAGGAAGAGGCGCUGCCAAAGUGUGACCUUGGAGACUUGUGAAAGCUCCUAA